AUAUAGCUAUGAUUCAAACGUAAUUUCUUGUUUAACAGAGGGUAAAAAGAAAUACACAGAAUGAGAAUUGAAAACUAAAUAAUUUUAAAAUAACAACGGAAUAAUGUAAUUUCAUCUCAACAUGAAAGAUAAUUUUCACAUUGAGUUGCAUAUAUGUUGAUAUUAAUGUGCACAUAAAUAUGUGUUUUGUAACCUUGUAUGAAUCAUGUAGAGAUACAAAAUAUGAAAUUUAUGGAUUAAAAACUUAUUCUUGCUAUAUAUAUUUUAAUAUUAUAAAUAUCGUAUAAAUGUAUUUAUAUCUCACCGGUAUAUUUUAUGUUUCGUUAUGUACUUUCUAGGUUUUAAAUCAAAAACGCAAUAAAUUAUAAUGAAUUUCACAAGAUAAACGAUCAGAAAGAAAUAUCAGAAAUCAUGACAGAAGAAACGAAAGAAGUUCCUGUUAAUAUGUUAACGGCAGAAGGACUGUUAGAAAAUAAAGGUUUGAAAUUCAAUGCAUGGAAUGAAUAUGAGAAUUCAAUUAAAACACUUCCAAAAACUGGAAUGAAACAGUUUGAACCAAAUGGUUCGUGGCUUGAGAAUAUGCAAAUUGAUAAAGGUAUUAUGACCAGGAAAAAUUUAAUAGCUAUAGAAAGAGUAGAUCGUAUUUCGCAGUUAGCCAGUGCAGAAUGGUUACCUGAACAGAAAAGAGCUAAAGUAAAGAAAUACUCUGGUCAAGAUUGGAGUAGUUUUGGUUUGGAGAAAAGUGGUAUUUUGUAUUUAAUACCUGAAGAAGCAUUGUUCCUUCUAGAAGCUAAUUGUUUGGAACUCACAUGGAAUGACGUAGCAUUAUCUAUUCAACAAGCUUAUGAACUAUUAAUUGAUAAUGUUGAAUGCUCAUUGGAAGAAUAUAGAGUUUAUAGUCAGUUAGUACGAUAUGGUUAUCGCAUUCAACGUUUUGUUUACAAUUCAGAAAAAAAUAUAAAAGGUGAUGAAAAUUCUUGUAUAAAACGUAAAGUUAUUGUUGAGCCAGAAAGAGGUCUUUGGAGAACUAGUAUUCGAGAACAAAAUAAAGAUUGUGUAUAUGUAAAGUCUGUUAAUUCUCCAUGUGGUGAAAAGUCUGUUACUUCUCCGAAAAGAACUGAUACAAAUAUUAGUGAUCUUUCUGCAGAAAAUGCAGUAGAAGAUGAAAAUAUAUCAAAUAAUGUCCUUGAGGUAGUGGAUGAUCUUCUUCACGUAGUAGAAAAUAUUGAAGUACGUUCUAAAAAUGUUGAAUGUGAAAAGAUUGCUGUGAACGCACAAAAAUCAAACACCAUUUUGAAAACUGUAAAUACAAGUGGAGAUAAAAAGAAACAAAAUCCCAGAGUAGAAAUUAUAUCUGAUGAGACUUUAUUAGGUAAUAUCAAAAUCGUCACAGACCAUCUGAAUGAUUGUACCAAAAGAAAUAAUAUACCUGCAAACUGGCGAGCAUCACGUAUACAACGUAAUGUUAAAUUAGUACCUAGAAGAACAGACAAAUUGUUACCAGCCACUGAUAGUUUAGAUUCUAAUAUUAAAAAUUCUGAAUGCAAUUCGGGAAAACAUAAAUUACUUUCACCAUCUAAAGAAAAUUCGCAAUUUAAGAAAUCAAAACAUGAGGUAAUAGAACUUUCUGACGAUGAAAUUCAAGAAAUACCAAAACCAGUAACACGAAUGGAUUUGUUAAAUUUAAUUCCAAACAUUGCAUUUCAAUCGACAAUUACAAUAAAGAUUUCAAGGGCAUACAUACCACACAGUAUAAAACCUCAUAAAACGACUUACCAAUAUGAAAGUGCAAAAUUAAAAAAUUUACAUCAAGCAGAUAAAAAAUUGCAAUCCGGUCAACAUUCAGAACAUGUAGAAACUAAUAAAAGUCAAAAUACAUAUCAAUGCAGUAAUAUUUCUAUAAGAAACAAUUACGUUAGAAGAAAUACAAACAUUGGUCCAUUCAAUCAAAAUUUAGCAACAAAUGUGCAUAAUGUUUUUAUGCAAGAUUAUUUUUGCAUGCAACAUGGGCAACACAUGAACUUUAAUCGUAAUUAUGUAUAUAACAAUAAACUACCAUAUACUUAUAGCCAGAAUACGUAUUGGCAUCAGAGAAAUACUAUGUUUCAGAAUGUAUUUGUUGCUCUUAAUAAUCAUAGUGCGGCCAUUCAUCAAAACAGAUUUACAUCUUUGCAAAUGAACAAUUUGUCAAUACCGAAUAUAAGUAAUAAUGUGACUAGAAAUUGUUUUGUCCGAAAUCAGGUUUAUCAUAAUACUCAUCAAAAUGUUUUAUUAUUGAGAAAAUUACAUCAUCAGAGGAUUGUGGAAAACACAUCAAUACAUUGUAACAUAGCUGGAGGUGUACUACUUUCAGACUCUCGUCAGAGAUAUUGGCCACGAAAUUAUAAAAACACAAAUAUAACAUCAAGUUGUAACGACGAAGUCUAUCAAUCGUCAUUUAGAAUAUUGCCAGAAGCAUCAUCAUGGUCGGAAUUAAAAACUAAAUGGCGUGAAGUAAAAACGAUCACUAUUGAUGAUGAAGAUACGGGAAAAGAAGUGAUCGAAGAUUGCAAUGAAGUACAAGUAGUUGGGCAAUUACGCAGUCCUCUUAUCGGAUCAAAAAAUGCAAAUAGUCUGGAAGAAGUUUUUAGUAAACUUAAAAUAAUUAAGUCUGCUCCCGAAAAAAUUGUAAGAAGAAAAAGAAAUAAAUACAAAAUUUCGUACAAUGUUUAUUCCAAUACACAAAACUAUAGAAAAGCGAAUCCUGGUCUACCAUUUUAUAGAAUAGUUGUUAUAAGUCAAGAUGAUCCAUUUAUACAACCAAUUGAAUUGCACCGUUUAAUGCAAGAUGCAGACAAUUCACCAAUAUUGUUAGCAUGCGUUUCAAUGUCAAUUUCAUAUAUUCAACCGGGAUUUAUAUCCAUACCUAAUUUAACAUAAUUCAAAUAAAAUUUUUCAUACGCUAUAUAUAUAUAUAUAAGUUAGUUAUUAUGUAUAUCUCUUUUUUAUUUAUUUUUAUACAAAAUAAAGAAUAAGUAAACAAAAAAUACUUGAUUAAUAUUCAAGUAUUUAUUCAUGUCAUCAUUAAAAUUUUGGUAGAAGAUAAAUUUUUGUUUCAUGAUAUUAAAAAAUA